AUGAAAGAGCACCCUGAGGAAUUCGUCAACAUUGCAAUUGAUGUUGUUGAUAAACAAGAGUCAGAUUUACCAAAAACAGCUGCCACAACUUUGCUUGAAAGCCUAUGUGAUCAUAUAGAUGGAUCAACAUCCUACUUAGCAUAAAUGGCUAUUGUUGUCAUAUCCUCUUCCAUCUUAGAACUGUCACAGUCUCAAUUAACCAAAUAAUAACAACAAGUCAUAUUAACAGACAUCUAACAGAUAUCUGAUAAAAAACUAUUCUAGGAAUUUACUCCUGUGGAUAGAAUUGAAAGUAGUUUGAUGAUUUUGACAAUUAUAAGCUAUCUAGUACAAAAAAGAUAUGAUAUCAUAUAAUUGAUGGAAUAAUUGUUAUCAUCGAAUCUUGUGUUCUUCACUAACACAACUGAAUAGAUCAUUAAGGUUAGGUUUGCCUUGUUUUUCGGUUAUUAUUGUGACAAUUUAUUUAAAGUGGAAUCCCAAUUUUCCCUUAUGUUAAACUACAUACAAUUACUGAUAUCUUAUGCCAAGCCACAGGAGCCAGUUGUUUUGUAUUAGUCCAUUGAUGCAUUAAAGGAUAUCUUCGAGGAUGAUGAGUUGAAACAUAAGACUGGAACUUUGGUGGUCAAUGUGUUCCCAUCCUUGAUCAAUGGAUUGAUAUUCAGUACUUAUGAAAGACAUUUUGAGAUGAUAGGAAAUCUACUCAAGAAAUUCCCCUCCAUUUUCUUUGCAAACGAAAGUUACAUUAUCAACCUGGUUUAAAUAUUAGUACAACGCAUAAUCCAAGAAGAAACACUGGUUAAGAACAAUAAUGAUUCUAAUAGAUACAUUCAUUUAAAUAGAUGUUGGAAUGUCAUCAGGUAAUUACCAACGAUCAAUGAAUUUUCACCUCUUCUUCUCAAAAUCGAAUAAGCCAUGCAACCCAUCUAUCAAUUGCUUGUCAUCUAAGAUAGCAGAAUGAACUUGUAUGAAGACUUGAUUUUGUUCAUCUCCUCAGUUAUCUAGAAACUAUAAACAGUCUCUCAAUUCCAAAAAGAAAUCUUACCUUACUUUUCUCACGUCAUCACCAAGCAAUCUGGAAGAUUCGUAUACUUGUAUGAAACACUAAAUAUGUACAUGUAUUAUGGAAGAAGUUACUUCGUAUAAGAGCAAGCACAACACAUCUACUUCAACUUGUGUUUUCAAACUCUGAUGCAAGAGGAAACUUUCGAAGACGUCGAUUUGGCUGAGGGUGCACUUCUGAUCUAAUUAGGAAUUCAAGUUCUACAGAAUGAUCUCAAUUAAGCCAUAUUGGCUCAGGUGUUCUAAAAUGUGCUCUAAUUAAUGGCGAAGGAGAGUGUCACUGGAAUCAUUCGUUCUAGAAUUACAUCCAUCUUUUUGGUGGCUUUCUACUACAUUCCCCAACAAUCAUAUCAAAUAUUGGGUGAUCUUUUUCAAAAUGUAUACCAAAAGGUCUUGAUCACUCAAUAUCAUCCAGGAUAUGACAUCAAGUUGUUCAUAAUUACAAUUUGCAAAUUAAUCCAAUCAACACCUUAAUUGUUGAAUACCGAAUUGAUUUAAGUAAUCAUUAGGAAUUUGGAAAAUCAGGAAAAUGAUGAGAAGCCUGAUAAAACAGAUUUUGAUGAUGAUAUGAUGGAUGAUGAUGAGGAAUAGGAGGAGAUCUUGGAAGAGGAGGAACGACAGUAGGCCAAACAGCAGAUUGAAUAACUUAAGAGUGCUCUGAACAACAUCGACGAAUUCACGGUCUUUAGGAACACGAUAUUGGGUUUCAAGACUUCGCAACCCAUGAUUAUUGAGAUCAUUAAACAAAAUCUUGAUCUUCCAAGUUAAUAAAAAUUAAACAAUUAUUUAAAGUUUAUGAGAAUUGAUAAUAGUGAGAGUGCAAGAAAAGUGAUGACAACUUCCAGAAGAAGAUAAAAUAAAUGA